AUGGGCCCCGAGGCGGGAAACGACAGCGAGGCCUCGUGGCUGACCAUGGACUCAGGAGUGGACAAGUACGCCUCCUGGUCGGUGACGUCGUUUCUCAACGUGACGGACCUGCCGUUCUCCAAGUGCCAGGAGAACCAGGUGAGGAGCGCCCUGGCAUUCGCCCACAACGUGGACGCGAACCAGGUCGCCAUUGCGGACCUGUCGCAGACGGACAUUAAGGGCCACUCGAACUCCACCGACCUGGGCGUCAAGUACACCGUGCUGAACUUCGCCCAGCUGCCGCAGUUUCUCCAGAUCGGGAGCGACUCCAAUCAGACGCUCUUCGUGAACAGCUCCGUGCAGGCCUCCGUCAAGCAGGCCGUGCAGAUGGGGGACGCCUUCGUGAAGGCCGAGGGCGCCCGCAUCGAGCAGGAGAUGCUGCAGUACCAGAACGACCCCAGCGAGGCCGUCGUCGCUGCGCCUGGUGUGUACUACAGUCAUCGUGCUAUCAUCAGGAAAGUGGACUUAGGAGCGAAUGGACUGUCCUGGCUGCGCGUCCUGUGCACGGGCUGA